GAGCCGGUCCUUCGUCCUACCUUCCCCAGAGGAGCUGGGACUACGGCUGCAGGUUCCGCCGCCUCGGGAACCUUCCGAGCCCUCGGUCCAGUGCUGUGGUAGUGGCGGGGGCGGCGGCGGGUCUCCCGCGCGGCCGCUAUGCUGAGCACCCGGGCUCAGGCGGCGAUGACCGCGGCGGACCGGGCCAUCCAGCGCUUCCUGCGGACCGGGGCGGCCGUCAGAUAUAAAGUCAUGAAGAACUGGGGUGUUAUAGGUGGAAUUGCUGCUGCCCUUGCUGCGGGCAUCUAUGUGAUUUGGGGUCCUAUUACAGAAAGAAAGAAGCGUAGAAAAGGGCUGGUGCCUGGCCUUGUCAACUUAGGGAACACCUGCUUCAUGAACUCCCUGCUGCAAGGCCUGUCUGCCUGCCCCGCUUUCAUCAAGUGGCUGGAAGAGUUUACCACCCAGUACACCCGGGAUCAGAAGGAGCCCCCCCCCCACCAGUAUUUAUCCUUAACGCUGUUGCACCUCCUCAAAGCUCUGUCCUGCCAAGAAGUCACCGACGAUGAGGUCUUAGAUGCAAGCUGCUUGUUGGAUGUCUUAAGAAUGUACAGAUGGCAGAUCUCUUCCUUUGAAGAACAGGAUGCCCACGAGUUAUUCCAUGUCAUUACCUCGUCCCUGGAAGACGAGCGGGACCGACAGCCCCGGGUCACCCAUUUAUUUGAUGUGCAUUCCCUGGAGCAGCAGCCAGAAAUAACUCCUAAACAAAUAACCUGCCGCACAAGAGGCUCACCUCACCCCACAUCCAAUCACUGGAAAUCUCAGCAUCCUUUCCAUGGAAGGCUGACGAGCAACAUGGUCUGCAAACACUGUGAACACCAGAGUCCUGUUCGAUUUGAUACCUUCGACAGCCUUUCACUGAGUAUCCCAGCUGCCACGUGGGGGCAUCCACUGACCCUGGACCACUGCCUUCACCACUUUAUCUCCUCCGAAUCGGUGCGGGACGUCGUAUGUGACAACUGUACGCAGAUCGAAGCCAAAGGGACGUUGAAUGGGGAGAAGGUGGAGCACCAGAGGACCACCUUUGUUAAACAGCUGAAACUAGGCAAGCUCCCCCAGUGUCUGUGCAUCCACCUGCAGCGGCUGAGCUGGUCCAGCCAUGGCACGCCCUUGAAGCGGCAAGAACACGUGCAGUUCAAUGAGUUCCUGAUGAUGGACAUCUACAAGUAUCACCUCCUCGGGCACAAACCUGGGCAGCCGAGCCCCAAGCCCAGCGAGGCCGCGGGGCCCGCCCAGGACCUGCAGGACGGGCCAGUCACCCCCGCCCCAGUUCUGAAUCAGCCUGGAGGCCCCAAACCACAGAUUUUUAUGAAUGGCGCCUGCUCCCCAUCUUUAUUGCCCCCCCUGCCAGCCCAGAUGCCCUUCCCGCUCCCGGUGGUUCCUGACUACAGCUCCUCCACAUACCUCUUCCGGCUGAUGGCAGUUGUGGUCCACCACGGAGACAUGCACUCGGGACACUUUGUGACUUACCGACGGUCCCCACCAUCAGCCAAGAACCCUCUUUCAACCAGCAACCAGUGGCUAUGGAUCUCUGACGACACGGUCCGCAAGGCCAGCUUGCAGGAGGUCCUGUCCUCCAGCGCCUACCUGCUGUUCUACGAGCGCGUUCUUUCCAAGAUGCAGCACCAGGGCCGGGAGUACAGGGCAGAAGAAUGACUGCCCUGCCUCAGAGCCGAUGGCAUUGUCCACGCCGGCCAGGAACCAGGCAAGAUCUGACUGUGUGUGUGUGCGCAGACGGCCCCUGCCAGAGCCCUCCGCCUUCUGGGUGUUCUCAGAGCAGGCUCCGUAAAGGAGCCGCUGAUCCCAGUUCAAGCCAAAUCCGGCCCCCUGAACAGCUCUGCGAGUGUGCACUGGGUGGUGUCCUUGCUGUGCUCCGACAGCAUUCACUCUGUCUACAACGUCUUUUUACCAUCUGAUACAGGUAAUUAAAUGAAACCCGGUUCCGGAAGCCACCUUUUUUAUAUUCGGCUAUGUUAGGUGUUCUCAGAGGGGAGGUAACUUUGCCUAAUCCUCCAGUCGGUUUCGGCAUAGAUCUUUUAUUUUUAAUAAGCAGGCCCAUAAAAGGUUAAAUUAUUAAAGGCAACAAUUUAGAAGAAAAAGUGCCUUUCCCUUUCGAUUGCUUUUGUAGCACGUCCAUUCUGGAAAAUACACCUUGUCUGAGAGUCCUCGGAACAACUUUUGAAAAGCUCUGCUCCUUCUAAGUUUCUCCACGGAGAGCAACAGGACAGCUAAAAGAUGCCUGAAGAACACCCGCCUUCUCUUUUUGUGGGUCUUUUCUAAUCUUUGGAUUCUUUCUAUGUCAUCAAAGUGCACCUGCCAAAUCUGGCCCAUCAGCUCUGAGCUGCUUGCUGCUCGCUUCUGCUCUCAGCACGCUGGCCGGGGGACGUGAUGAUGGUCCGUCAUUGGACUGUGAACAGUGGGCACAGAGCAGUGUCUGCGCCAACCACUCUGGACAAAGGCUGUUUUUACACGAAGCCUCCCCGCAUGGGCCAGAUGGACAGUUACCCUGAAUUCUGUUGCCCCUGCAGUGUUCCUGAGGUUUGCAGGUGCCACUGGGGGCCAUGUGAGAGGACAGUCCUUGCCUGGGUUCGGGAGCUGGGGUCGGAAGGGCACGGACCACAGGGCUGCAGUCGGGCUUCCUUGUUUAGCAGAGGGAAGGCUUAACGCUCAGCGAGCAUCCAAAUCCCAGCCCUUUCCACAGA